GGAAGGGGCGGCCACUGGGGUAGGAUGGCGGCGGCGCCGGGUGCGGGGGGUCCCGGCGCGGCGAGUGGUGGCGGCGGCGGGGCGCGCGAGGGCGCACGGGUGGCGGCGCUGUGCCUGCUGUGGUACGCGCUGAGCGCUGGCGGCAACGUAGUCAACAAGGUGAUCCUGAGCGCCUUUCCGUUCCCCGUGACGGUGUCGCUAUGCCACAUCCUGGCGCUGUGCGCGGGACUUCCACCGCUGCUGCGCGCUUGGCGCGUACCCCCCGCGCCGCCCGUCUCGGGCUCCGGGCCCGGCCCACAGCCGUCGCCCGGCCCGCUGCUGCCGCCGCGCUUCUACCCACGCUACGUGCUGCCGCUCGCCUUCGGCAAGUACUUCGCGUCUGUGUCGGCUCACGUCAGCAUCUGGAAGGUGCCAGUGUCCUACGCGCACACCGUCAAGGCCACCAUGCCCAUCUGGGUGGUCCUCCUGUCCCGGAUCAUCAUGAAAGAGAAGCAGAGCACAAAGGUGUACUUGUCACUCAUCCCCAUCAUCAGCGGCGUUCUGCUGGCCACUGUCACUGAGUUGUCGUUCGACAUGUGGGGGCUCAUCAGUGCUCUUGCUGCCACACUGUGCUUCUCACUCCAGAAUAUUUUCUCCAAAAAGGUAUUGAGAGACUCACGGAUCCACCAUCUCCGGCUGCUGAACAUCUUGGGUUGCCACGCUGUCUUCUUUAUGAUCCCCACGUGGGUCCUGGUGGACCUCUCAGCUUUCCUGGUCAGCAGUGACCUGACCUACGUGUCCCAGUGGCCCUGGACGCUCCUGCUUCUGGCUGUCAGUGGCUUCUGUAACUUUGCCCAGAACGUCAUUGCCUUCAGCAUCCUCAACCUCAUAAGCCCUUUGAGCUACUCAGUUGCCAAUGCCACCAAGAGAAUCAUGGUCAUCACAGUGUCCCUGAUCAUGCUGCGGAACCCAGUCACCAGCACCAAUGUCCUGGGCAUGAUGACAGCCAUCCUGGGGGUCUUCCUGUACAACAAGACCAAGUACGAUGCGAAUCAGCAAGCGCAGAAGCACCUCCUCCCCAUCACGACGGGGGACCUGAGCAGUAAGGAGCACCACCGAAGCCCGCUGAAGAAGCCCCACAAUGGCGCCCUCUUCCCCCAGCAUGGAGACUAUCAAUAUGGCCGCAACAACAUUUUAACAGACCACUUCCAGUACAGCCGACAGAGCUACCCAAACUCAUACAGUUUGAACCGCUAUGAUGUGUAGAGCCUAGAGGAUUGGGGGGCCAUUCUGCAACUCCUCCCACCCCAGUCCCAAGCAGUACUAGAAACUUCUGACAACCAGUGAAUGUAAGCCCAGCCGAGGGGACAGUGCACAACCCUCAGAGGACCCUGGGGUUCUCAGCCCCCUGGAGCGUCAGGAUGCCCUCCCUGCAGUGAGGACCACCACUCAUGCUUCAUGCUCUUCCUUCCUGGAGUCUGUCAUCUGAGGGCAUCAGCACUACGCAGGUCUUGGCCGUGUUUUAUUCUUCUGUGUGGACUUAUUCCCCAAGUCGUGUAUUUCAGAAUUCUUGUUCUGCUUCCCAGAUAGCAUUUCCAGAUGACCCUCUGGGAAGGCAGAAUCGUUGUGGAUGCAGACCCUGGAGUGGGCAUGGUGGACUGUUUCCCUGUCAGCCCCAUGGCUGUUUGCAGUUACUGGCAGGCACUCCCACUCGAACAGCUACUGCAGUUAGCACUGAAUUCUUAGAGGCUGACUCUGACCCGUAAGUCAGAGGAGCUGUGUGCCGGGAUCCAGAGGGAAGAGCAGAGCAGGGCACUGUUCUUCUCGGAGCAGCGAGGAGGAAGAGACUGCAGGGCUGGGAGAGGGAUCAUUAGGAAAUCAUGUUCAGUGUUUCAAGCUCUAUUUCUGUCUUUUUUGGUCGGUCUUCACUGCUGUGAUGACUUCACAGGAUGUUGGGGAGAUGUUGAUUUCAGGAGGAUCUCUCAUUUUUUAGGGAAUGUUUUAUAGUUGUGUGGAUUUAUGCCUUGGUCCCCAGGAGGGGGUGCAUAGGGACUGGCUUAUAGAUUGAAAACCCUUUUGUUUUUAAAUGUUUAAAAGCAAGAAAAGUUCCCACUGCUGAUGCCUGUCUUGACACAUACCAACAUUUGGUAGAAAACAAUGAGGUGUUGAGAAGCCCCUCACAGAUGACCACAAUCACUGAAGACAGAAUGAAUCAAGAAUAUCAUCUCGAUGGUUUGUGUGACAGACAAGAGCACAGUGCUUCGAGUCCAUGGCCUGUUCUUGUGAUGGUUACACUGGGUCUGAAUCAUGUCCUGGUGAAGGGGAAAGAAGCAAGCACCAAGCUAGGACCUGGUUUGUGAGAUCAGAUGCUUUGGUCAAGAAAAAGUUGCUUUUGGCAGGUUCGUGUCAAGAUGACCUGUGUGCCGAAGUUGGGUGGGGGUCUCUGUCUUUCCUGGCAUUGUGAAAGACUGAGUCCUCCCUCCCGGAAGGGAUCACUGGCUAGGCUGGUGGGGUCCUUGGUGAUGGCUGCUUUCUUCUUUUAGCACUGUCCCCAACAGAUGGGACAGGGGUCAUUCUUUACCUCCUCGUGAGAGACAUUCUCCUGCUCAGAGAGGAAGUAACAUAUCUUGGUUUGUUUUCGAUCAUUGGAAUUUUGUAUUUAAGAGGUUCCAUUUUGCCAGCUCACAUUGCGCCACUCCUGGAGGAGUCUCAGAUGCAUUCUCACCUGAGUUUAUGAACCGCCAGCCUCAGGAGUCCCUGUUUGUUGUCUGCUGUUCACUUGCUUUCUAAUUACUUUGGCCCCAAGUUUCAAGAUGGUUGCUAUGUGAAAUCCAAAUGGCAAUCCUGAAGGGUGUUGCUGGUGAUGAGUUCACUGAGUGCCUUCACCAAAGGCAGUCAGGUCUACAGCUGAAUUUUUCUGUUGAAUAACAAAUGGGGAUAAUUUUGCACUGCAACGAUAUUACAGUGGUUGUCUUUAUGAUUAGAGUAACUAACUCCUUGAACAUAUAAUUGAACUCCAAAAUGAAUUAUGCCUCCAUUUGGGUUUAAUGAAGUUGCCGAUAUUGUUGAAAUUUGUAUAUUAGUUUGUUUUCUUUUCCCAGUGCAAGAUCUACUGGUGAGGGAAAAUGACUGGUUUUAUUAUGGUUUAUAAAUUGAUAAAUGGGGUAUUUAAUUCUGUACAUAAAUGUACAGUAAGUACAUACACUGGAAUAAAUGAGACAAUCAUAUUAGACCAAAUCAUCAAAUCAAAAGACAAAAAACAUACUUUUGAGAAUUGCCAGUUCAGAGCUGAGAACGACACCGUGAAGGCUGGUUUUCCGACCACCUAACGGCCUGGUCUGCCACCCCCGCCCUGCACUCCCGUGUUCACAUUCACAGCUGUUCUCACACUCCUCACCACCGGGCUUUGUGGCAACAAGUUCCCUUUACCCGUUUGUGGUGUGGUCUAACCUGCGACUCUAACCCAACUCUUUCAUUUUACAGAAGGGGAACCUGAGGCUCAGAGGGCAUUUUUGAAUGGUGUUUUGAUCACUGUGUUGACUUGGUGUCAAAUUUUUAAGCACCAUAUUUUAAGUCAUUCAUCAUAGGGAGAGUAAAAUCCCUAUUACAAAGGAGAGAAGCCAGAAUAUGUUCCAGUGAAGAAGCACUUGGAAUCUCUGAAUUUUGCUAUGUAUUUGGCAUACAUUAUGCAACAGGCCCUUUAUUACUGCUGGGACGUAACCAUCCAUACCUGAUUGCUAAGGGUCUAACAGCCUGAAGGGCAGAGAACGUUAAAUUAUUAAAGGAUCUGAAAAUUGUGAAUUUUUUUUAAUUGUCACCUAUUUUUUAAACUUAAAUGCUAUAGACUGUUCUGUGGGAAUGACACUGUAUGUUCAUUGAUGGCAUUUACCAAAAAUAAAUGGUGUCCAGGGAA